AUGAAUCCUUUAUGCUUAAAGGUACCAGCUCUACGCGUAGAUUGUCAAGCAGAUGCAUCGCUCGAUUUUUCUAUCAGAAGCACAACUAAUUUAUUAUUGGAUACUGGGUUCUGUUUGGACUUCAGUUAUCAAGUCAAUGAUGAUCUACAGGAGUCCAGCAGACUCCACGUCACCAAUAACUUAACUGACUACGUCCAAAGUUUAAGUGAAAGUGUAUUUCAUAAAGAGAAACCGGAUAAUAACUGUGUUAACCUAAAAAGUGCAACCUGUGUCCAGUGUGAUAAACUGCAAAUAGAUCUUACUAACGUAAAUAGUGAUUUUGCAACUGUAAGUAAAUUAUCUUAUCAUUUAGAAAAAAGAACACAGGAGCAAGAAGAAUUGAUUUCGUUAUUAAAACAAUGCAAUAUUUAUCAUAAUAGGAAUGCAGCUAAUUCAAUAGUGGUGGCUCCAUCUCUUAGCAAAAAUUUAAAUCCAGCUACCUCUUAUAUUAAUAAUAAUUCCACUAGCAGUCGAGAUCACAAAAAACCUGCUAUGAAUCCUUUAACACAUUCAACCAAGCGAUAA